CAGUUAGAAGUGCAGCUUAAGUGACUCCUGGAGCUUCGGCUGUCGCCGGCUCUGUGCGUGCUUUCAAAGAAUAAUAGUAAUUGUUAACUUUAACAAUCUAGAACGAGGCCAGAGAGGCCCCGCAUUUCCAACUUGAACAAAAGCUCUGCAGCUCCGUGCGCUGAGGCGCGCGGAGUCUCGGAAGCUCGGAUGCAGCGAGCGGUCCCAGAGGGAUCCCGAAGGUGUAUGCCAGGCGGCGGCAUGCGGAAGGCGGAGCGGGUGCCAUGGUUUCCAGGGUCGCAGUCCGCGCCCACGGUGCUGCUGCUCGCUACGGCCGCAGCGCUACUGGCCGUGCCCGGGGGGCCCGGGCGCCCGGCCCAGCACGACGAGGAGCUGGUGCUCCCAGUCCUGGAGCGCGUCCCGGGACAGGGGACCACGCGUCUCCUACUGAAAGCCUUCGGCAGACAGCUGCACUUAGAGCUGCAGCCGGACCGCGAUUUCCUGGCGCCCGGCUUCACGGUCCAGACUGUGGGGCGCAACCCCUGGCUCGAUGCACCGCGUCUAGACCCGGACCGAGAUUUAGCGCACUGCUUCUACUCCGGCACGGUGAAUGGCGACCCCAACUCGGCCGCCGCCCUUAGCCUCUGCCAGGGCGUGAGCGGCGCUUUCUACCUGCUGGACGAGGAGUACUUCAUCCAGCCCGCGCCCGCCACCGCCACCGAGCGCCUGAACCCCGCCGCCAGCGGGGAGGAGCAGCCGGCGCAGCCACGGUACCAUCUCUUGAGCCGGGGGGUGCGGGGCGCCGGCGGCAAGUGUGGGGUCGUGGACGACGAAGAGCCCGUGGGCGAGAAUGACGAGGCGCAGCGGAGGUCCCAGAACCGGACGGCUCAACGCACCGGCUGGCCAACAGGAACUGGGAACAUAAGAAAGAAGCGAUUUGUGUCCAGCCCCCGCUAUGUGGAAACCAUGCUGGUGGCCGACCAGUCCAUGGCAGAGUUUCAUGGCAGUGGUCUGAAGCAUUACCUUCUCACCUUGUUCUCGGUGGCCGCGGGGUUGUACAAACACCCCAGCAUUCGGAAUUCCAUUAGCCUGGUGGUGGUGAAGAUUUUGGUCAUCUAUGAGGAGCAAAAGGGGCCAGAAGUGACCUCCAAUGCUGCCCUCACACUGCGGAAUUUCUGCAACUGGCAAAAGCAGCACAACCCACCCAGUGACAGGGACGCAGAGCAUUACGACACAGCGAUUCUGUUCACCAGACAGGACCUGUGUGGGGCUCAGACCUGUGACACUCUUGGUAUGGCUGAUGUUGGCACUGUGUGUGAUCCCACUCGGAGCUGCUCAGUCAUCGAAGAUGAUGGUUUACAAGCUGCCUUCACCACAGCUCAUGAAUUAGGCCACGUGUUCAACAUGCCUCACGAUGACGCAAAGCAGUGUGCCAGCCUUAACGGGGUGAACCAGGAUUCCCACAUGAUGGCCUCAAUGCUUUCCAAUUUGGACCGUAGCCAGCCCUGGUCUCCCUGCAGUGCCUACAUGAUUACUUCUUUUCUGGAUAAUGGUCACGGGGAGUGUUUGAUGGACAAACCUCAUAGCCCCAUACAGCUCCUGUCUGAUCUUCCUGGUACUUUGUAUGAUGCCAACCGGCAGUGCCAGUUUACGUUUGGGGAGGACUCUAAGCACUGCCCUGAUGCAGCGAGCACAUGCACCACCUUGUGGUGCACUGGCACCUCUGGCGGGUUGCUCGUGUGCCAAACCAAACACUUUCCCUGGGCAGAUGGCACUAGCUGUGGAGAAGGGAAAUGGUGUGUGAAUGGCAAGUGUGUGAACAAGACCGACAAGAACCAUUUUGAUACCCCUGUUCAUGGAAGCUGGGGACCAUGGGGUCCCUGGGGAGACUGUUCGAGAACCUGUGGUGGAGGAGUUCAGUACACAAUGAGGGAAUGUGACAACCCAGUCCCAAAGAACGGAGGGAAGUACUGCGAGGGCAAGCGAGUGCGCUACCGAUCAUGCAACAUUGAGGACUGUCCAGAUAAUAAUGGAAAAACCUUCAGAGAGGAACAAUGUGAGGCACAUAAUGAAUUAUCAAAAGCUUCUUUUGGGAGUGGGCCUGCAGUGGAGUGGACACCCAAGUAUGCUGGCGUCUCACCAAAGGACAGGUGCAAGCUCAUCUGUCAAGCCAAAGGCAUUGGCUACUUCUUCGUUUUACAGCCUAAGGUUGUAGAUGGCACUCCGUGUAGCCCAGAUUCCACCUCUGUCUGUGUGCAAGGACAGUGUGUAAAAGCUGGUUGUGAUCGCAUCAUAGAUUCCAAAAAGAAGUUUGAUAAAUGUGGUAUUUGUGGAGGAAAUGGAUCUACAUGCAAGAAAAUAUCAGGCUCGGUUACAAGUGCAAAACCUGGAUAUCAUGAUAUUGUCACAAUCCCAGCGGGAGCCACAAACAUCGAAGUGAAACAAAGGAAUCACAGGGGAUCCAGAAACAAUGGCAGCUUUCUUGCCAUCAAAGCUGCCAAUGGCACAUAUAUCCUUAAUGGUGACUUCACUUUGUCCACUUUGGAGCAAGACAUUACCUACAAAGGUACAGUCUUGCGGUACAGCGGCUCCUCGGCAGCGUUGGAAAGAAUUCGCAGCUUUAGCCCUCUCAAAGAGCCCUUAACCAUCCAGGUUCUCACCGUGGGCAAUGCCCUUCGACCUAAAAUUAAAUACACCUACUUUGUGAAGAAGAAGAAGGAAUCUUUCAAUGCCAUCCCUACAUUUUCAGAGUGGGUCAUUGAAGAGUGGGGUGAAUGCUCUAAGUCAUGUGGAUCAGGUUGGCAGAGAAGACUGGUAGAAUGCCGCGACAUCAACGGGCAGCCCGCUUCAGAGUGUGCGAAGGAGGUGAAACCAGCUAGCACCAGACCAUGCGCAGACCUGCCUUGCCCCCACUGGCAGCUGGGGGAUUGGUCUCCAUGCUCCAAGACUUGUGGGAAGGGUUACAAAAAGAGAACCUUGAAAUGUCUGUCCCACGAUGGAGGGGUGUUGUCUCACGAGAGCUGUGAUCCUUUAAAGAAACCUAAGCAUUACAUAGACUUUUGCACGAUGGCAGAAUGCAGUUAGGCAGUGUUAGUGUGGAGGAACAGGCAAAGGGUGGAAGGUUGAUCACUGAAAUCAGAAAGGCUGGAGGAUCCAGUGGAUCUUACCAGCCACCAGUGAGACGUGUUGAUGAGAUGGGACGUGUGGAGGUAGGUAGGAAAAGAGCUAAUUAUUAGAUAUCCUGUCAGUUGCAAAUGGGAUAGGGUAGUUAAAAGAAUUAUUAACUUCUGAGCAAUGAUAUAGCAUAAUAAAGCCCUAGGGCAUUAUUAUUAUUUCUUUUGUUACAUCUAUUAAAAAAAAGAGAUUGUAAAACUGUAAGAAAUAUUACAACCUCUGUUUCCUGGUACUUUGACUAAAUACUUUGUAUCAUGGAGGUUGGGAAAUGAAAAGCAAGAGGAAGAAAUUUCAUUUAAAACUUGGCUUACUUUACCUCACUAGCAAUGUGGGGAGAAAGGAGCACAAAUAGAAUCUUUGUCUAGCACCACUGAAGGCUGCUACUAUUUCAGAGAAUGUUUAUCUACCCUUACUAUCAAGAGUUAAAAGGUGAGAUUGUUCGGUAUGAGAGGAAGGCUCAGCAUCCGAAAUGACCCCAGUAGCCCCAUAUUUACCUUCUUUUACCAUCUCAGUCUGUUUAUAAUUCAUUUUGAGGAAGAAAGAAUCCCAUGUAGUUAUAAAUGUGUAUUGAGUCUACUAAGGCAAAAACAAAACCAAAAAAGUAUCACAAUGCAAGGUGCCAGUAAAAACUAGAGAAGACACAGUGAGCUUGGUACCUCCAGCCUUUCAUCCCUCCUUAGGUAAGCCUAUUUUGAAAAGGUGGAUGUGAAAAAAAUCACUUGUGUCUCAACAAAGUAAGGUCACACAGAGGAGAUAUAAAGCCAGAACAAGAAUGGGGUAUGUAGAAUGGGGUCCCACAGGUUUGGGGACAUAGAGAACAUUCAUCUCACGGUGGAGAAGCUACUGAGGGUAGCAGGUCCAUCCCCAGCAGCUGGUCCAACAGUCGUAUCCUGGUGAAUGUCUGUUCAGCUCUUCCACCAUGAGAGAGAAUAUGACUUCUUCCAUAUGUAUAUAGUAAAACAUGUUACUAUAAAUUCUAUGUACUUUAUAAGUAUUGGUUUGUGUAUUCCUUCUAAGAAGGACUAUAGUUUGUGAUUAAUACCUAUAAUAACAUAUUUAUUUUUAUACCUUUAUUUCUAAUGAUAAAAACGUUUAAGUUAUCACUUUUAUAAAAGUACAUAUAAAAAUAGAGUAUUUAUGCAAUAUAUGUUACUAGAAAUAAUAAAAGAACACUUUUUGGA